AUGCGUAUAAACAACACUUUCUCUGCUGGUUUGCCUAUUGUUCAUUCGAAUGCAGAGUUUUCAGCUUUAGUAAACUCAAACACUUUAGCAAACAUAAACUUAACCUUAGUUGACGCAAACUUUGUUCCUGUAAAACUUUUAUGUCCUAUGUAUUUGUCAAUGACGGCAGAAAGUUUCGAAUUGGAAGAUGCAACUGGUGAAAGUAUUGUAUUACAAGAACAACUUCAACAACAAAUAGCUCAAGAACAACAAAUGCAACAAAUGCAACAACAAAGUCAAGAAUAA